AUGGCCGACUCCCAACCGCCCCAGGCUCCCGCCGGAUCGCAAGGCCAGAACCGUGGUGGUCGUCGACGCGGACGAGGAGGUGCGAACCAGAAGGGGCAGGCUGAGUCUCAACGGGAUUCUAACGUCGGCGCGUUUAGGGGUUAUCGGGGCAGAGGCCGCGGGGGACGUGGAGGAGGGGAUCGCAACCGCAAUACCAAUGCGUCCCAAGGUGCCGUAGCCCAUGCGCCUGCUGAGGGCGAAGAAAAGCCGAAGAAGGUUCCGGAAGCCACCGACGAUGCAGAUGACGGUGAAAUCUGCUUUAUUUGCGCAUCUGAUGUGACGCACACCUCCGUCUCGCCCUGCAAUCACCGGACCUGUCAUAUAUGUGCGUUGAGACUUCGGGCUUUGUACAAGAACAAGGCCUGUGCACACUGCCGGACGGAAUCCAACUAUGUGAUUUUCACGGAUGACCCGACGAAGGAUUUCGACCAGUUCGUUAGCAACGACUUCUCUCGGAAGGACGAUAACCUUGGGAUUGAGUACGAAAAUGAUGAGAUCUUCGAGGAUACGGUUUUGUUGCUACGGUACAAUUGUCCUGAUACGGACUGUGACGCGGCUUGCUUGGGAUGGCCGGACUUGCAUCGACAUACCAAGAGCAAGCAUGGGAAAGUGAUGUGUGAUCUAUGUACUCGAAACAAGAAGGUCUUCACCCACGAGCACGAACUCUUUACCAUGGCGGAGUUGCGGAAACACGAAAAAUACGGAGACGACGUCCCCGGUGCCAUUGACCAGAGCGGUUUCAGAGGUCACCCUGAAUGUGGUUUCUGUCGCCAGCGAUUCUACGGAGAUGACGAACUGUAUACACACUGCCGUGACAAGCAUGAGCGAUGCCACAUCUGCGAUCGACAAUCCGGACAUCGCCAACAGCAGUAUUACGUCGAUUAUACCGCGCUCGAGGACCAUUUUCAGAAAGACCACCACCUGUGCCUGGACCAGGAGUGCUUGGAUAAGAAGUUCGUCGUGUUCGAGUCUCAGAUGGAUCUGAAGGGUCAUCAACUGGAAUCCCAUCCCAAUGGGCUAUCCAAGGACGCAAGGCGAGACGCUCGCACUGUGGAUCUUUCUGCAUUUGACUUCAGAGCGCCCUACCAACCCCAGCGACAGCGUCGUGGUGCAGGCCGGGGCCGCGACCCGAAUGCAGAACCACUCCCGGCGUCCAGUGCCCAACCUUUGCGACGGGACCAGAUCGCGUACCAGCGACAGGUGGCGAUCCAGAGUGCGCAGUCGGUCUCAACCCGUAGCUUUGGUGGACAGCUCACUCGCAAUGAUACGCAGCAGGUGCGCGCUCCUCCGCGCUCGGGGAAUGCCACACCUGCCCGCAGUCCACCAGCACAAUCUCCGCCAGUUUCCGAAUUGCAAAGCCUCAAUCUUGUGGCUGACUCGACUCCGGCCACUCCGCAAGAGCAAGCACGCCGUCUGCGCCAUACGGCAGUGAUUGAACGUGCCUCGAACCUCCUGCGCAAUGACCAGACCAAGCUGGGCGAAUUCCGCACCAGAGUCUCCAACUAUCGCACCUCCCUCAUCUCCGCCACUGAACUGAUCGAUGCUUUCUUCUCCUUGUUUGACACCACAAGCUCCGAACUGGGCAAGCUCAUAAAGGAGCUCGCAGAUAUCUAUGAAGAAGAUUCAAAGCGUACCACAUUACUGAAAGCCUGGAACGAUUGGCGUGCUAUUAACGAGGACUAUCCAGCUCUACCAGGACCGGGCGGGUUACUACCGGGCAUGUCGCCAGACACUGUCAACGGCAGUGGAGCGGGAGGAAGCCGUGUACUUCGCUUAAAAUCGUCCACUGCACAAUCUUCCCGAUCAGCAGUGGGCCGUAGUGGCGCGCUCCCCUCCUCCGCCUCAUCAGCCACCGCAUUUCCCCCUCUCUCCUCCGCGUCUUCGUCCUCUUCCCGCCCUCCUGCGCGCAACAACGCAACCACGGCCUGGGGAACAGCAGCAGCCCCCUCGCCAUCUUCCUUCCCCAGCCUCCCCUCAUCUACCCGUCCCUCCCCCCGUGCUAGCGGCUCUUCUACUCCAACCGCAUCGUCUUCUCGCGCCUCAAACGCAAGACCCUCCGACGCAUUCCCCGCUCUUCCCGCGGCUCCGAAGCCCAAUGUUCUGAUGGCCGGUCUGACACGCGGGACUGUCCGGUGGGGCGAGGCCCGCCCAGCUUCGAAUGCUUGGGCUUCGGGGGGUGAAUCUUCAGAGAUGAUGGAUGAUUUUGGGGAAACGUCUGGCGGCAGUGGUGGGAAGAAGGGUAAGGGGAAGAAGGGGAAGCAGACGUUGUUCCAUUUUGGAUAG